AGGGUGUGAGCCCAUGCGUGGGAAGCCAGGGAGGCUGGAGGCUGCUGAGAGACUCAGCCUUCAUUGGGACCCCAGCCAGCCCCCAGCCUGUGGAGAGCGAUGCUUCCUCGGAGGCUGAGGUGCCAGGGUCGGGAUGGGCUCAGCUACUUCUGGGGAGUGGCUGAAGCCCCCUGCUGCCCUCUCUUUCCUCCUUUGCCUUGAAGCAUCCCCCUUGUCGCAGUGCCUUCUUAUCCUGGAACCGGCAGCAGAGAGUUGGCCCUAGGACACCUGUUCCUGUUUACUUGUCCCACCUGAGGGCUCAAGGCCUGGACACCUCUUUUCCCAGCAUCCCAGUACGUGGUUGGAGCUCUGCACAGGCAACCAAGGUUUGUCCAGGAACAAGGAAACACAAAGACCCAGGAAACAGUCCCAGAUCAGUGUGGAGCAAGACAGCAAUGGAGAUGAGCAGUGUCUACCAAGGCCCAGGGUACUGAAGCGCCUGCCAGUCACCCACCUGUCAAAGUCCUCUGAGUGCAGCCUUCUUCCUUGCCUGCCAUUGCUCACUUUUCACACUCUUCUCCAGGGCCACUAGGGGGGAGAAAGAAGCCUUGAAUUUUAUCUACCCUGGGGUCCUCCUUGCUCUCUGUGGGCCACUUGCAAGAGGACAGGCCAUAGCAAGCUGUCUUUGCAUGGUUAAUUUACAUGGGUGAAGAGGGAGAGAGGUCCUUGGUUAGUGGUGGCAGAUUUUCUCCAGCUCUCUAGGGAUCCUGACUUGGGUGAUUGCUGGAUUUCCAGACAGUCCUACAGUAGCAGCAACACCUACAGCAACCACCACCAUGGCAGCCCCAAGCAAAAAGCAUGUCCCUAUCCCCUACCGCCCAGACUUCAGCAGGACUAACUCCUCUAAGGAGAACAGGAAGUCCCUCUUCCAACUCAUUAACAUUUUAGAGUCAUCCUCAAGGAUCAAGAAUGCCUCCUCCUCUGCUUCAGUUCGGAAAGCACUUGGAUCCGUGAGGGUCACAGAGGAGCAAUCAAGGGUGCCUAGGAGCUUUGGGAUGGACACAAUUUUUGAGAGCAUUGAGGAAGCGAAUCUCUACGAUCCAAUCGAGCAAGAGAAAAAGCAAGAACAAGUACCAGAGCCAGAACCAGAGCCAAAGUCAAAACCAGAGACAAAGCCAAAGUCAGUUAUCCAAGGAACCAAGACCAGAUGCACCUUUCCAUAUAGCAUUCUCUUCUCCACAUUCCUGUACUGUGGAGAGGCUUCGUCUGCCCUGUACAUAGCUAGCAUCUAUCACACAAGCAAUCAGAAUAACUGGAUGGUCUACACUAUGGUCUUCUUCCUGAUCGCCUCCAUCAUGGACCAGCUGACCCUCAUUUUUGUACACAGGGACUUGACCAAAGAUAAGCCUCUCUUGCUGCUUAUGCAUCUUAUACUUCUGGGACCAGUUGUCAGAUGUCUAGAGGCUAUGUUUAAAUAUUAUGAAAUGAGACAGAACUCUGAGGAGGACGAGCCCUAUGUCAGUCUUAUUCGAAAAAGGAUGUUUAUAAAUGACCAGGAAGUACUGCUGGAAUGGGAAAUGAGCCACUCCCAACGAGUCCUGUCAAUGCACCGCAAUGCCUACAAACGCAUGUCCCAGAUCCAGGCCUUCUUGGGCUCUGUGCCCCAGCUAACCUACCAGCUCUAUGUUACUUCGAUCUCCACUGAGAUGCCCAUAGAGAGAGUAGUACUGAUGGCCUUUGCCCUGAUCUCUGUCACCUAUGGGGCUACUCUCUGCAACAUGCUGGCCAUCCAGAUCAAAUAUGAUGACUACAAGUUCCAUUUGCACAUCUGCGACAUCAUCUGUGUCACCAUCUGGCGGAGUCUAGAGAUCACAUCCCGAUUGUUGAUUCUGGUGCUUUUUGUGGCCACCUUGAAAUCAAGAGCAUUGCCCUUCUUAAUCAUUAAUUACGUGAUCAUUCUCUUUGAGCCCUGGGUCAGGUUCUGGAGGAGUGGUGCUCAGAUGCCCAACAAUAUUGAGAAGAACUUCAGCUAUGUGGGCACCCUCGUAGUGCUGGCCUCCAUCACUAUCCUCUACUCAGCCAUCAGCUUCUCCUGCUGGCCAGCAAUGCAGUUGCGAUUGGAUGAUCGGGAGCUAGUGGAGAAGAGUCAGAACUGGAACCAUAUGGCUGUACAUUACUUUGUGAGGCUGGUGGAGAAUAUCAUCAUGGUGCUGGUGUUCCGCUCCUUGGGGACAAAGAUCCUGCUCGAUUACUGCCACACCUUCAUCGCACUACAGCUUAUCUUGGCCUAUGUGAUCUCCAUUGUCUUCAUGCUGCUAUUCUAUCAGUACCUGCACCCCCUUCGCUCACUCUUCCCCCGAAAUGUAAUUGACUACCUGCACUGUGUGUGCUGCCCCUGGGCCUCUCGGGUUAGAUCAGAGAAUCUGGAAUCAACAUUUGAGACGCAGUUGAGGCAGAGCAUCGUCUGAUGCUUCUCUUCCCCUGCUGGAUCUUUUGGGGGGUACUGAGGGAGAGUGGGGAGGGUUGCUGAGAGGAGACCUACAACUCAAAGUAUGAGGAUGAUGACCAAGCACUUAGAAGAGUGGUCACCUGACUUUGAGAUGGCUGGCCAGAAUGAGCCCAUUCAGGUAGGAGUCUGGGUCCUCAAGCUGUGUGGAACUUACAAUUCACAGGGUUGACCACAGAAGAAAGGCCAAACCCAGCUCUUGUUUCCCACCCAUAUAUCCAUACAUAUGCCCCUUUGAGAGUGUACAUAGACAGACAGACAGACACACACACACACACACACACACACAGCACUGGGAACCAUCUGGAAACUCACCACAGAUGGGAUGACUACACUUCCAGGGCUGAGCUGCUUAACUGUAUUUUGGGACCAGUGAUGGCCCAUCUGGAGCUCACACGCUCCAGGAGAAGGGGUCCAGGACCCUCAGAUUUUUUCAGGAGAGUGGUCCUCCCUCCCACCCCCUCCCAGUUUGACCUGUGGCCCUUCAGGCCUAAGUUAUCCUUUCAGCAUGCUCUUUUCAGGGCUUUCCUGCAUGGACUGUCAGGUGCGUGGGGGAGAAGAGAAUGGUUUUCUCAGAUCCACAUCCCGACCACUCCAUAUUUGGGCACCUCAUUAUCAGGAAUUCCUGCAAGUCAGCACCUUCUCUCACAACCCAGAUGUUCUCUUAGCAUUUGAUUAUAAAUUAUUUCAACAAUACUGAACUAUGACUGAAGAUGUUUUUACUUUGUCCCCUAUGUUUACCUUCUUUCUAGAUACUAUCACUUAACUAUUUUAUUUCAGGAAUGGAGGGAAGUAUAUUUGGAACAUUCCUUUCCUGGUGGUUGGGGAAGAGAAAGAGUUGCCACUCUAAAGGGGCAAGAUAUAAACCAAGUCAAUCUCAUUUACCAAAUCACAUUUGAGAUUACAGAAAAAGAGGUGGUCCUCCUCAUCCCAGAAGUCCAGAAUUAGAGAAUUUGAUGGGCCUCAGGCCAUCAAGUCCAACCCAUCCCCACAAAGAAGCUAGGACUACAACAUGCUGGACAAGUGUCCAUCCAGUCUCUGCUUAAAGACCUCUAACAAGGGGGAUCUCAUCACUUCUUAAGGCAGCCCCUUUCAAUGUGGGAGGCUCCAAGUGUUAGCAAGUUUUCUUGACAGGCCUAAAUUUGCCUCUCUGUAAUGCGCCUUCCCUACACUCUCAUUCCCAUUGCUUCUGGUUCUGCUCUUUAGCCCUUUAGGUGGGGCCAAACAGAACAAGUCCAAUCCUUCCUCCCUAGAAUGACUUUUGUAGCACUUGGAGAUAACUGCCUUGUUCUUCCCACCCCCAUUUCUCCCAAGAUUUCUCUUUUCCAGGCUAAGCAUGUACAGUUCCUUCAAUUGAUCCUCUUCUGGCAUAGACUUGGGGUCUUUCAACAUCCCAGUCGCCCUCUUCCCAACGUUUCCAGCUUGCCAGUGACCCUCCUUGACUUGUCUGAUCAGGGCAGAGUCCAAUGGGAUUGCCUGCAACUCACUUUUCCCAGGUAGCUCAAGCUCCCAUUCACUCUCUUAGCUGCUCUAUCAUGGUGUUGCGGCCUUAAACAGGCAAUCCCCAAGGCCCUCAGGGCUUUUUUUCAGAUGAGCUCUUCUCUAACUAUACCUCCUCCAUCUUUGUUCACUUUAAGUGAGUAGUUUGUAUUCACCAACCUUCUUGUCCCCACAUGGAUGGAUGCAGGUAUUUCUUUUCUUUUCUGUUUUUUUUUAAUGUAGUAUUAGCUGUAUCUUUAAGUCUCUUAAAAGCAAGGCCUAUCUUUUUCUCUCUGCUAUACCUAGUAUGGUGCAUUGUAUACAGUAGGAGCCUAAUAAAUAUCUAUUGAAUUGCUUUA